AUGACCACACGUAUCUCACUUAAUGUGCUAAAAGUGUGGAUGCUGAAGGCCAUACCUGAUUUCACAAAACUUAAUGACAAGCAGCAACAGCUAGAAGAGUUAAAGAGUGCACAUUACAACUUGACUAACAACUACAGUGAACGUUUGGGAAGUCUAGCUACCUUUCAGUCUCAAUAUGAAAUUCUGAAUAAGAGCCAUGCUGAACUGUUAGCAAGGUUUAGAAAACUGAAGAGUUUCUUCUGUUCUGUUGAAAGCCUGUCACAAGGAAAGACAUGCCUUGUAUGUCCAGAGGGCUGGGUUUUUUUUCAGUCCAAGUGUUACUUCUUCUCCAACAAUACCUUGACCUGGCAGUCGAGUCAAGAGCAGUGCCUGUCAAUGGGUGGACACCUGGUGAUAGUGGAAUCUGCAGAGGAGGAGAGUUUUUUAGAAAAUAAAACUAACAUCGUGAUAGAGAAAAAAUCUGGUUAUUGGAUUGGCCUGACUGAUCAGAAGAAAGAAAACCAAUUUGUUUGGGUGGACAACAAAACCUUAGACACAAAUACUCGGUUUUGGGAACCAGGAGAGCCUGGCGGUGACAGUAAAGAAAACUGUGUGCAGAUAUGGGCAAUCCUACAGCAGAAACGUUGGCAUGACUUUAAUUGUGAAUCUGUAGCAAAAAGGAUCUGUGAGACCAAUGCAUUUCUAUUUCUUUAA